AUGCCCAUCCCCGACAUCCCAGGCGUCAAGGCCGACAGAGGCCUCGCCGACCAGUUCCGUGCCGAGGUCGCCCAGCUCCUAGGCCGCAAGAACAUCAACUUCCCCGGCGCCCAGCCCGUCUCCUUUGCGCGCAAGCACCUGCGCGAGCUCAUGGAACAUGACUACUACCUGUGCGAGAAGACGGACGGCAUCCGCUGCUUGCUAUACUUCACUAACGACGGCCCCAACGAGAUCCACUACCUCAUAGAUCGCAAGAACGACUACUACUUCGUCCCGAACCUCCACUUCCCGCGCCACGACGACCCUACCUUUCAGACCUUCCACACUGGCACCAUUGUUGAUGGGGAGUUGGUUUAUGACCAGGAGCCCGACGGCCUCAAGCUGCGCUUCCUGGUCUUCGACUGCCUGGCAAUCGACGGCAAGUCGCAAACGGAGAAGCCACUGGACAAGCGCCUGGGCUAUUUCAGGACCAUGGUGAUGAAGCCGUGGGAAGAGCUGUUCGUCAGGAGACACCCGGAGGAGCGCCAAUUCCUCCCCUUCGAGCUCGUCUUCAAGGAAAUGUCCUUCCCGUACACCCUGAGCUGGAUGUUUGACGUCAAGCUCCCGGACCUGAAGCACGGCAACGACGGCCUCAUCUUCACCUGCAAGGAGACGCCCUACAUCUUCGGCACCGACGAGAAGAUCCUCAAGUGGAAGCCCGCCCACGAAAACACCAUCGACUUCCGCCUGCGCCUCGGCGAAUUCCCGCCGCUCGUCGCCAACGGCAGCGGCAGCGGCGCCGGCCUCACCGACCAGCCCGACUUCGACGCGAAACCCACCUUCGACCUCAUGGUCUUCCACAACAAGGGCGACUACCGCGUCUUCGCGCCGCUGCACGUGACGGACGACGACUGGGAGGCGCUCAAGGCCGUCGCCCAGCAGCUCGACGGCCGCAUCGUCGAGUGCUACAAGGACACCCAGGGCCGCUGGCGCUUCAAACGCGACGACCAGGGCCGCCCGCACUUCCGCGACGACAAGCACGAGGCGAACCACAUCUCCACCGUCGACAAGGUGCUCGAGAGCAUCGACGACGCCGUCUCCAAGGACGACCUGACCCACAACGAGCAGCGCAUCCGCGAGGCCUUCAAGCGCCGCCAGGCCGACCGCGAACGCAGAGCCAAGGCCGAGGAGGACGCCAUCCGCCGCAUGAGGGAAGAGAAGCGGAAGAGGGAGUCGAUCAGCGGCACCGCCGGCGAGGGCAUGCCCGCCGGCUACAACGGCGAGCCGGCCGACAAGCGCAUAAAGCCAGAACCGUGA